AUGUCUAGGCCUGUUGAGAGAAUAGCAGAGAUCAACGAUGGAAAAGAGCUUUGCAAGAUUGUUGUUAGGAUUCACCACAGAUGGAAUGUUGUGUCUAACAACAAGGAACAUUUUGAAAUGAUUUUUGUUGACAAAUUGGGAGAUGAUAUUCAUGCUAUUGUUCCAGCACCACAUGUGUCGGUGUUCACCGAAAAAUGCCUAUUAGGGAAUACUUAUACUUCGUGUGAAAUUAAUAUAUUUUUUUCAGAUGUCGUUGGAAUGGUCGAUAGUAUUGGUUAUGCACAGACUGAGUCUGGCGCAAAGAAGCAACAAAUUAGCAUGGUGUUGCGUGACCACAGCAACAUGUUGAACUGUACUCUGUGGGAAUCAUACGCGGAUCAGUUCAUCAGGUUUAACAAAGUUAGGGUUGCUGCAUCACUCCCUACAGUUGUGUUGCUUCAGUAUGCCAAAGUGAAAGAAGAAGGAAAGUAUCCUCUGUCUGUGACAAACACUUACAAUGUGACCCUUUUAUGUGUUGAUGCUAAUUUUCCUGUCAUGAAAGACUUUAUUGAUAGAAUGCCUGAGGAGAGCAUGGUAACCCUGUCUGAUCAACUCGGAGGGAAUUCCCAAUUAUCCUCCCAGAAUUCUGAAACUCAACAGCUGACUCCUGUGCAAAAAUUGUUCUCAAAGGCUGUUGUUUUACCUAUUGCUGAGAUUAUUCAACUUACGGAUAUUACAUUUUAUGCUACUGUCGCUACAACAAAAUUAUUAGUCGCGUCUCCAUUUGGAUGGUACUAUCGUGCCUGUCAUAUGUGUCAAUCUAUAGUGCGUGGGGACAACCCCCCAUUUGAGUGUGAAGCUGGUCAUGAAACCAUGGCUGAAGUCCUUAGGUAUAAGAUUGAGAUUGUGGAUACUCAUGGGGGCAAAAUCUGCAAUUUUGUGUUCUGGAACAGAGAAUGUGAAAUGCUCUUAGGUUUAUCUGUGUCUCAACUUCGUAACACUAUGAUUCAGGCUGGAAUUACUGAUCCAUUGGACUUCCCAUUAGCAGUUGAUCAGUUGUUGAAGUUGGAAAUGGCUAUGAAGCAACUUAAGGAAAAGUGGGGAACAGAUGAGAUUAGAGAGAGUGUUGAUGAGGCUAAAAUAGAUGUCAAUGAAGACUGUGAAUUGGUUACGGACCUGGAAAUUACAUCUGAGCACAAGCCUGAUGCUGUCACACCUGCUGGUAAGAGGCAUUUUCCUGGUGCAUCAAGUGAAUCCACUGAUUUGGACGGAAUAUAUGAUGGAAAACUGUCAUCAAACAAGCUGAAGAAGAUAAUUAAAAUGGAGAAGAUUGAUUAG